CUCACUGGCGCCCAACCGAGACUAGAGCUACCAUCACAUACCCUCCAUUUCAGCGACCUCAAGGAUCUCGCGUGCUUCACUGGUCUCAUUUCACAAGAAGUGUCGGAGUCUCUUCACAGUUUGUCUGUUCAUGUCUCAUCUAUGUACAACGAGUAUUGGCCAUACUUUUGCAACAUUUAUCUUCGACCAUGGUCUCGUAUCACUUUAUCUGACUGGCUUCGUGACCCGUUGGACAAGACAGCGAACAUCACCUUUUACCACAACCAUACUACACAUGACCUUGCCGAUCCAACCGUUUCUGGAGACGAGGAAUGGCAUGGAUGGGGUGAGAGAACGGGUAGGCGCGAGAUUGCUGAGGCGUUGGCGAGUGAUUGGGUAGUCCCGAACAUUCAAAUCCAGAGCAGCUCUGGGAAUAGUUGGAGCACCAAAUUUCGUAUGUCUGCACUGAAUCAACGGGAAGGGGGCCCGCUGGAUCUGCGUUUAUCGUUCCCUCUGUUUCUCCACAGAGAAGAACUGCAGUCUCGUUAUUGCUUGGACAGCAUGAACGGCUGGGAAGAAGACCCUCGAGAUUGCCGUCUUAUAUCCAAUCCCCACUCAGAAUCGGAACAUCACAACCCAAAUUGGUUCGAUAGCAGGCGUUGGUUAUCAGAAAGACACGGUGAGAUGACGAUUGCAAAGCGGGAACAACGGAAAACCUUGCGACCAUUGUGGCAUGGGUGUGAAGACGGUGAUAACACGGCCGAGCAAGCUCUUUUGGAAGACGAGGAGGAGUGGCUUCAGCCCGGAAGUCCACAUUGCAUCUGUGAGAUGGAACAGCAACUCUGCCUAACGACUUGGCAGAUGAACGAAAUACUUGAGCUGAAAAUAUGGCUAAAAGCCCACGAGGGUCAAGGACAUGAGGACUGGCUGACGAAAUUGUGCCUUUUUGAGAAGUCAUUUCAGGAAAACUUCCUUGCGAAGAGAAGAGACGCACCUGGUCAUGUAGCACUUUUGCGCCAUGUACAUCCAUCAUUGCAGCAUAUGGACGACUGCCAAGGUCUCGAGAGCCUUGAUAUCGAUUUUUUCGGCGACGCGCUCAGUCCUGGGACUGCGAAGGAAAUUCAUACCACCGCGACCAGCAUUUUCCGCGACGGGUUGGUUGAGAGAUUCACGGGAAGAGAAUGGCGUGGGCGCGAGAACCUUGAACGUCCAGUUUCUGUGUUCUGGGAUAUUGGGCCACAUCCUGAACCAAAUUUUACUCGCUGGGCAGACCCGAAUCACAACAUGGACGGGUUGAAUAUGGAUGACCGAUGGCGCUGAAAAGGCGGUUCGAGCAGGGCGGGCUCGCAUGAUCACCAAAACUAUCUGCUGACAUUUCGAAAACGGUACUGCGUCACGAUGACCAAAGCAGAAAAGAAAUCGUGGGGGGCCAUGUUUGAGUGAAUACAUAAAUCAGCAGAUAUAUCUUCACUUUGCAGUUGGAUUAGUCUUCCCAUCUUCUAACAUGACGUGUAC